GUAUUGUUCGUGGGAUUCAUGAGGUUUUUGUAAUACAUCAGUGUUUGUAAACGCAGUUGCAUAAGUGUGGUUGAGUUGGCCUGUUUUGAAUGCUGUUUUUUAUGCAGAUUAUAGAGCGUAUGCUUGAAAGGCACUGUUCUGGGGUCAGUUAUGUAUGUGCAUUAUUGAAUAAGUGGACGCUGCGUGGCUUAGCUGAGCUUAAUCCCAGAUCUGUGUGGGAAGAGGAAGAGUUCCGCGUGCAUAUCUGUAACUUAUCUAACAUUUGAUCUCUCUCUCUCUCUCUCUCUCUCUCUCUCUCUCUCUCUCUCUCUCUCUCUCUCUCUCUCUCUCUCUCUCUCUCUCUCUCUCAUCCUCUUCCACCUGAUUCGUUCUCGCGCUCCGGGCUUAACUACUGUCCUCAGAGGCACAUCUUUAAAAUGAUCGAUUAAUAUGUUCCAGAAGACCGAUGUUCAUUAUAUAGUCUGAUUAUAGAGUCUGACUGAUUGAAGGACGCUGGACCGAAGGAGGUGUCAACUGAAAACUUUUUGGACUGUUGGGAUAAGGAGUCAUCACACCGUGGAGUAUAUAUUUGUUUUUCACGGACAAACUGGAAUAAACACCGGUUUUAAUACAAAGUGGAGUGAACAUCAGGUUUAACACACACUCGAAUAAAUGAAUUAAAACAAAUGCACGAGACGAUGUUGGUUUUACAACGGAGCGCGUGUAACGCUCGAGACAAGUGUGCGGUUGGAUUGAAGUGACAUACGAUUUAAUGUGUUGCGUUUUAAUUAUUUUUAUUUCUUUAUUAUUUGGUUGUUUUUAGAUUGUUGUUAUUUAAUUAGUAUUUGGUUUAUUUAUAAAUGUUAAAUAAUUAAGUGAAACGCAUGCAGACUCGUCAUGUGCAAAAAUGCACACUUAACCUCUAAUAAAACCUUUAAAUAUAUAGGGAUAUAUUACAGAUAUAUUUAUGUUGGGAGUGAAUAUGGCGAAUACUCUGGAGAGAGAGAUUUUGGAGCGCGAGCUCCGUCCCCGCUUGUGUUAUUUAACUAAAGGAGAUCGCGGAUUUGGAUUCCAUCUGCACGCUGAACGCAGCCGAGGAGCGCAAUACGUGCGCAAGAUCGAGCCGGGCUCCCCUGCUGACCUGUCCGGUCUCAAGUCCGGGGACCGGGUGGUGGAGGUGAACGGAGAGAAUGUGGAGGGAGAAACUCAUCAGCAGGUUGUGGAGAGGAUCUUGGCUGUGGAUCACCGCACCAGGCUGCUGGUGGUAGACCGUGUCACAGAUGAGUUCCUGAAGUUUCACGGUCUCCAGUGUACGGAGGAGAGGGCGAUAGAGAUGGGCACUCUCUCUUCUCGCUCCUCUGCGGCGUCCUCUCCGCGCGCCUCCCCACGAGACUGCGCCACACCUCCCUACAGCAGACAGAGCUCAGACGGCAUCUCAGUAAAUAAGAGUCCCAGUACCUCUGGAGUGAUUAACGUUUCUCCGCUGUACAGAGCUCAAGCCCAUCUGGCUACACCUGUGUUCUUGUCUCCCCCCUCUCCUUCUGAACUUAAAAAUGAGCGAAUUACUGAACCCAACACUAAACUUAGCGUUGAACCCAGCAUUGAACCCAGUCCUGAACCCAAGAUUGAAUCAAUAACUGACGGCAUCACUAAACCCAGCAUUGAACCCAAGACUGAACCCUGCAUUGAACUCCACUUUGAAAAGGUCACUGAUCUCAGUGGAUCACAAACCAGCACACAGGAAGAAACAUCAUCAGAGGGGGACGUGGUAGCCAAGGACCUGCGUCCACGCUUGUGUCACAUGAUCAUUGGUGAGCAGGGCUUCGGCUUCAACCUGAACUGCAACAAAUCUCGCGCGGGCCAGUUCAUCCGAUCCGUGGACCCCAACUCGCCGGCGGAGCAUGCGGGAUUGAGGCCGAGGGACCGGCUCAUCGAGGUGAAUGACAAAAGUAUUGAGGGUCUGCGUCAUGCUGAGGUGGUGGCGCUGAUUAAAGCGGGAGGCAGAGAGACCCGUCUGUUGGUCGUUGACCCGGAGACAGAUGACCUGUUUAACAGACUGGGCAUCACGCCUACAGCAACUCAUCUUAAAGAGGACUGCGUGGAUGGACCAAUCAUUGAGCCCCCAGAGACAAAGUGUCCAAUCAAAGACAGCCCUAUAUCUGCUUCACCAGUCACAAAUGUCCCCAGGAUCUCUCCACCAAUCAUCAACAUCAUACUGACAGAUCCACCAAUCACAAACGGCUCUCCACGGCACAAGAGUUACGGAAGCUCCUCCUCUUAUUCCACUUUAUCAGAGACGAGUGUUGAACUCAGCAGUUCUGACACCAGCAAGGUCACCGAUUCAGAUCAUCAUUCCCAUAAUGAGGUCCGUCACUCUAACCGAGAUGGGAAAUCCGAGCAGCGGCCGUUAGACCCGUUCUGUGAGAGCGGUCUGCACCUGAGCCUGACCGCAGCUGAGGCCAAACAAAAAGCCAGAGCCAAGCGGCCCAACAAGAGAGCGCCCCCUAUGGACUGGAGCAAGAAACAGCAGAUCUUCAGCAACUUCUGAGGAUCGUAUACGUCUCGAUUCUGUUCAGAUGCCACCUAUGCAGAGACUGAAGCAAAGAAAUAAAGCUUAGACCAAAUUAGAUCAAGCUCCUGAUAGAUUAGUGAGGCUUAAAAACAUUUUGAGAGACAUCAAGUUCAGUGAGAGGAAUUAAAACUGGACAUCUACUUCCUCAAGAACUUAUUUUAAGAACUUGGACAGCAGUGUGAUGGAGUGGAAAUGUGUCAUGUUCUACAGAUUCAGACUGAAUGAACAAAAGAGCUGUUUUUAAUGGACUUCAGGUUAUGGGUUCAACUGAGCACAUUGGAGAAAUCUGACAUUUCAUUUCGGGAAAGUGUUUCACGAUCAGGAAUUUUGUUACUUAUGUUUUUUCGCACAAAUCACCCUGUAAAGGGAUUAAUGGAAAGGAGGAGGCGAGAACCGGCUUGACAAUAUAAAUAAUAGUUUAAUAAUAAACUGAACCAAAAAGACAAACACACACAGGUGUCGGACAGCUGUCCGUAAAUCUCUCUCUCUGUCUCACUGCCGUCUUUUGCCGGCCUUUAUCCAACAUGACAAACCAACAUGAAGCAGAUGUUUCAGAGUGGGUCUUAAGGCCCUGGCAUUCCUCAUAAGGGUGUGACGUCAUUUAGAACAAAAUCUGGCCAAAACUAAGUUGUUUUUGAGUUUAUUUUGGUGGUUCGUAACAGCUCGUCAGCGCGAACUUUCAGGAAAACUUCUUACCGACUGCUAAACAAAUAUGUACUGCCAUUGGUCCACGUCAUUGGUAGGUGUGACCUGUAGCUCCACCUACUUUAAGGCCGACAACGAAUUCCCAUUCAGUCAGUUCAGAUCAGUCAACAUGAGCACACCAUAGUUAGCAAGCUGAUGUAAAUGUACCUACAUCUGCACAGUCGUUCGCAUGGGGACAUUUUCCAUGAACUUAUCAUGCAAUUGUUUUUGUUUAAGUAGUUUACGAAAUGAAUCAAAUCUAUGCAAAUAUUCUUAAGUGCCCAUUCACUCGGUGGUUUGAUAUGCUGCUUCAUUCAUGUGACAUUCUUUUGUCCGUAUUCUACCCAUUAACCGGCGCAUAUUAUGGCUGCGUAUCGCGUGUUAGCACAUUAGCUCCAUGAAUGAAAAAGGUAAACAUUGCAAAUUACACAUUAUCUACAGCAUAUACAGUACAUUACUUUAAAUCAUAAUCGAGUAGUUAAAACGGCUUCCAUUACUGAUCUUGUGUGAUGUCUAAGUCAUUGAUAACACAUAUUAUUGUCAUAAUAGUUGAUGUUUUACGUGUAAACUUGAAGCGUCCUCUUAUUUAAAUACUCCUCUAAACGCAUCACCCAGCGGUGUGACCCGUAUAUGAAUGUUCGCAAACAGUAUGUCCUUGCUCAGCUGUUUCGAACUUCUUUUUGGCUCUGAGCGAAGAACGAGGAAGCGUUUCACAGUGAGUGUGCCGGGGCCUUUAGAGAGUAAACAGACUUAUGGUGCGUUCACAAACAACGCGAAUGGCGCAACUCGAACACGCAAAAACGCUUCAUUUGCGUAUUCACGCGAGUUGACAUUUUUCAACUCGAGCGAAAUAUCCGCAUGACGCGUUGUCGCGAAAGCCUAUCAGCGUUGAGAUUGUCCGGAUGUCACUGACGUAGUAGCAGAAGUCAGGAAAAAUGGAUGAAAUAAUGGUUGUAGCGGUGUGUGGGAACCUGGAAUUAUAUGACACAACGUCAACGUACCUGUGACUUCCACAACAGAGACAGAGCAGCAGUCGUUGUGAUAUCGGCGAUGGUUGAUGGCGGAAAGAUAAGUUGUCGUAGAAGCCCCGCCUCCUGUCCUUUUCCGGAAGAGAAGGGGGAAUACUCGCGGGUUCGCGUUACUCGCGCGAACGCGAGUUUAAAGGGUAACUAAACCCCUGCUCAGAGUCUGACUCCACCCACUAGCAAUAUUUGAAAAAUGCUCAAAAAGUGGGCAGACCCCAGCGGGGAUAGAGGUGACGAACCGAGGGCGGGGCUAAGCUGGGCGUGCACCUGAGACCCGUAGUGACGGAUUAAUUGACAGCUGCUGUCAGACUCUAAAAUGGAGAGUGACUGGAGUGACGCAAGUAGCUUUGCCACGGAGCGGUCUUUUGAAGUCGAGGACCUUUCUGCCCCUCCUUCACCUGAAGUGGAGGAGGGUGAAUUGUCUGUGGACACAGGGCCGGAGCCAUAUCAAUUCGAGCCGCUGGCUCAAACUGCGGUUUUAACUCCCUGUUGAGCAUCCGAGUGCGCAUUCACCUUCACUCGCGUGCAGGAAAAACAAACGAAACGCUGUUCAGUGAUGUUUAUCCUUUUAGCAGGAUUUUUAUUUAGCAAGCUUCACUUGAACAUAACAUCAGUUAGCUGUUCUCUCAACUUAGAAGAAUGUGACGUAAAGCGUAACGUCAUGUACAAAACCGUAUACCUCCAAAUAAAACUAUACAGUCAAUACCGUAAUACAAUGUAUAAGGGUGCAAUACGUUUAACACUCCCGCAUUGCGAACAUGCGUUUGUCGGCCCCAGAGGAUUAACUUUAGCCUAACCAUAAAUUGUGAUUCAAACAUAUAUGAUCACUCACCUCAAGACGCCGCUGAGGUGGUGGAGCCCAUGCAGGAGGAGCAGCGUUUGGCACUGCGUCGCUUUUCAGCGCGAGCUGUUUGGAGAAGCCCAUUUCCACCUCCAUUGCGUUGGAGAAGCAAUCCCGCGUAAAAUGCAGUUUGCACUCUCCUCCAGCUAUAGGCGGGAACUCGCGGUCUUCCAGAACAAUGACGUGCAACCCCUGGCGCCUAAUUUCCAAGUCUAUAUGGAAAGCUAUACAGUCCAGCAGUGCUGUUGCAACCAGCAACAUUACACCUACGUACCAUCCUGACCACUGUACUAAAUACAGAUAAUCUACGCUAACUUGAAGCUAUCCUAACUGACGCAAUACUAUGCUACUAACUAACUAUGCUUCUAACAAUACUACACUAACAAAUAUGCUAAUUAACUACCUAGACUACACGAAACAAUCUAAAUAACUAUAUAAAUGCUAUGCUAAAUAGAUGCUAAAAUACUCUAUCCUGAUCGUUUUCAAUACUCGCAAUUCCAACUCCUGACUCGCUACAGUGGUUUUGAUGAAACGAGAUGGUUUUUAUACUGCCAUUGGCGUGGUAGCUCGUACCAAGGGCGUGGUGAGCUGGAACCUGCUUACGUCAGCUGUCACUGCUUACGUCACGAAGUACCGCAAACAGCCAAUAGGAAAAUUCAACUGCAGUAGCCACCGUUCAACCUGAAGAGGGCAGCACUCAGACGUUUUUACACCAUAUAUUGUAGAAUUAAAACACUUUAUACACAAAUGUAGAAAAAAUUACUUGAAUCAAUGACAAGUACUAAUAAAACCCCAUUCUUACAGAUCAUUAACUAAAAAAAGUUGGUUUAGGGUUUAGUUACCCUUUAAACAUAAAUGUUUUUUAUUUUUUUUUUUUAUUUAUUUGGUAUCAAAAUCACAAUUUAAUCCAGCGGUCACUCGCGCGACCAAUGCGAGGCUACGUGUUCCGCGUUAUAUGUGAACGCACCAUAACAAGUCAGUAAUACAACAACAUAAGCAAUUCCUCUUAAAGAGACAGUAACAUGAGAAGAUCCACAAUAUGUCGUUCCAAAAGGUCUCCGAAAGUGACUCAAUGUGAAUUCAGAAUGAAUAGAAAGUGGAUUAAUAGUUAUUGGUCAAGUGCUCACGGGACAGUGAAAGUUCAGGUGAUGUUGUGCCUCAUGGUGUUGGCACCUUGACUGCAAUCUUCUGGAGGGAAUAAGAGAGAAAGUUGCAACCAGAAACAAUGAAGAAGGGAUGGAAAGUGAGAGAAAGACCGGGAGAGGAUAAGUAAGAAAGAUAUACUAAGCAAAAAGAAAGUGAUACAGCAAUGGACAAAAAUAUGAUUGCAAGAGAAAAGAAUGAAAAUAAUAUGGAAACUUUUGACUGAAGCUCUGAAGGUUUCUAGUUCAUUCCUGAAGUUUAAGCUAUUUAAUUGUUUUUAUUUAUUUUAUUAAAACAUCACUCUGUACUUUUAUUGCAUUUAACACUUGUAGAUAUGUGUGUAUUCUCAUUUCAUGCAGUAUUUCAUCUCUGACCAUGCUGUCUUGUGUGUAACGUGUCACUAGUUUACUGCCACAUGCACAUUUACUCUACAAGAACAGAUAUCUGAUUGUUUUACUCGUGAUGUUGUCAUACCUCACACAAAUGCUAGUUUAACACCUCUAAUAAUAACAUAUUAUAGCAUAUUUACAGACAAUCCAACACAGUAAAAAACAGACCGUCUCAUUCUAGAUUAAUAUUAGCCAGAUUGUUAGGAAGUGAAACUCUUGACCGCAGAAGAUAAUCUGAAACGGCUGUCUUUAACAGUUGACUACAUGUACAGACAAUUGAGUGACAUUUAUAUACAGUAUGAUAUAUUCAGAAAACAACAAUAUAAAAGGUAAUUACAGAAAAAGUCCUUCUAUUUUCAUCUGAGGCAGUUUUACUCGUAUCUAUUAUAUUUAAGUUUGUUUUGUUUCUUAUUGUGCAAAUGCUCACUUUUCCUCACACAUGAAUAAACAGAGUAUUUUAGAUUUUUAACCUGUUUCACUGAUAUUUUAAUGAAGCCUAAUAAAGGAUUUGUAAUAAAUGAGA